UGUGGGGAAACAACUCAGCCACUGGGAAAUACACAAAAAGGUUUCUUACUUAGCAAAUUGUGCCAAUAUAAAAGGUUGACACUUGUAAAGAAUAUUCGCAUUGAUGACGACUAUUAUUAAGGAGUUUCAUGAUUGGGUCCAAGGACAUUCUCAGAAUAUCCUGCGACAUUGAGGAUUAUUUGAUUUGAGCGUCUGCAAUGACAACCCAUCAAGCGUUUAGGAUUACCAUUGCCAGCUGUGCCUUGACUCACCAGCUCCACUCAAUGGACUAAAAUCUUGAACUAAAGAAUUUGGGGGAUUUCAUUAAAAACAGAACCAUGGGUGACUCCAUGUAUUCUGACUUGAUAGCCAGACACUACAACUUCACAGGGAAGCUCCGGAAAGUUGAGCAGGAUUCCAGGCUCAAAGCGGACUCUGUGGUUUUCAUCAUUGUAUGUUGCUUCAUUAUUCUUGAGAAUGUCUUGGUCCUGCUUACUAUUUGGAGGACCAAGAAGUUCCACAAGCCCAUGUACUACUUUAUUGGGAACUUAGCUUUAUCAGACUUGCUGGCUGGGGUGGUGUACACUGCCAACAUUCUGCUGUCAGGUGCCAACACAUACAAACUGACACCCACACAGUGGUUCUUCCGGGAGGGUAGUAUGUUUGUGGCCCUGGCAGCCUCAAUCUUCAGCCUGUUGGCCAUCGCCAUCGAGCGCCACCUCACCAUGCUGAAGAUGAAGUUGCACAACAAUGGCAACACGUGCCGUGUCUUCAUGCUCAUCAGCACCGUGUGGCUGAUUGCAGCCAUCUUGGGCGGCCUGCCCAUCAUGGGCUGGAACUGCAUCCAGAGCAUGCCCAGCUGCUCCACCGUACUGCCGCUCUACCACAAGACCUACAUCCUGUUCUGCACCACCGUCUUCAGCGUCAUCCUCAUGGCCAUCGUGGUGCUGUACGCGCGCAUCUACGCCCUGGUGCGCACCCGCAGCCGCAAGAUGGUGUUCCGCAAGGUCUCCAAUGGCCGCGGCGGGGGUAGCGCUAGCAGCAAGAGCUCUGAGAAGUCAAUGGCCCUGCUGAAGACCGUGAUCAUCGUGCUGAGCUGUUUCAUCGCCUGCUGGGCCCCACUUUUCAUCCUUCUGUUGCUGGACGUGGCCUGCGACAUCCACAUGUGCCCCAUCCUGUACAAGGCCGAGUGGUUCCUGGCCUUGGCCGUGCUCAACUCGGCCAUGAAUCCCCUCAUCUACACACUCACCAGCAACGAGAUGCGUCGCGCCUUCCUCAAAACGCUCCUGUGCUGCAGCGUCUGCAUCCGGCCCUCCGGCAAGUUCUCCCAGCCCAUUAUUGGUGCAGAGUUCAGCCGGAGCAAGUCGGACAACUCGUCCCACCCCAAUAAGGAUGAGCCGGAAUACUUGCCAAGGGAGACCAUCGUAUCCUCUGGGAAUAUCACCUCCUCUUCUUAAAGAGCCUUCUGGAAUGUUGUGUGAAAAGUAGCUCCACUGCUUAGGAAAUGUGGAUGUAUAUAUGUUUUUGUGCAGUGUGCAAGUGUGUUUGUGUGUGUGUGUGUACAUUAUGUAUAUAAAUGUGUAUACGUUGUGCGUGUGUGUGUGGUUUUGUUGCCCUGUGGAUGUGUGUAUGUACAGUAUGUCAGUUUGUACAGUAAGUUGCCUCUUCAGUUUCCAUUUGUUUUAUCACUUCUCAAAGUGUCUGUCCAUGUCAGAGAGUAGAGAUGUAGAGUUGUUUAGUUUGUUUUCUUCUACCCUCACAUCUUCAACUGCCAGCACUGAUCUGAAUAUUUUCAUAUUCAAAAGACAAUGUCAUAGGGAAGCACAUACAGUAUAACACCCAAACUAUAAACCUGAUUUACAGUAUAGCACCUAAAUUGUAAACCUGGCUUAGAGUAUAGCACCUAAACUAUAAACCUGAUUUACAGUAUAGCACCUAAAUUGUAAACCUGGCUUACAGUAUAGCACCUAAACUAUUAACCUGAUUUACAGUAUAGCACCUAAAUUGUAAACCUGGCUUAGAGUAUAGCACCUAAACUAUAAACCUGAUUUACAGUGUAGCACCUAAACCCUAAAGCUAAUUUACAGUAUAGCACCUAUAUUGUAAACCUGAUUUACAGUGUAGCACCUAAACCCUAAACCUAAUUUACAGUAUAGUACCUAAAUUGUAAACCUGAUUUACAGUAUAGUACCUCAAUUGUAAACCUGGUUUACAGUAUUAUGAGAAGAAGAUGUUUUUGUCAAAGGUAUUUUUUGUAUUUAGUACAGCACUUGUUGUAAAAGUGCUAAAUAAGAACCAUCAACCCAUUAUAGGCUUUUACUGAUUCUCUAUAAUGGGUGUUGAUAGAAGAGUAAAAAUUGUUUGUAGUGCUUAUUGUUCUUAUUGAAAUAUUUAAGAAAUACAAUGAAUGAAGUGCUUGUGUAUCUUCGACUUAACUCUGAAGGCUAGUACAAUGUCAAUUCUACCCCCUGAUUGAGAAUGUAUUUUGUACUUGUAAUUUGUUUUAUUUCACUCUUAUUGGAUACAGUUCUUUGUAGCAAAGCAAUGUAGUUGCAAUAAUAAUUUAUAUUCAAAACAGCGAAAAAGGCGUUUGGUUUGUGUGACAAAGGUUAUCUUUUUUAUCCAGUCAUGAUUUUAUUGUCCUUUCUGUUUCGCUUUUAGAUGAAGAUACUGUAGCUCCAGCCAUUCAACAUAUUUGUCUGUCCCUCAGUUACCACUCUCAAAAAACCUUUCAACUCUCUUGUGAAAACCAGCAUGCCGCAGUAAUAGGGAAGGUCAUGAGGUUGAAAACAAAAAAAGAUUGAUGUCAAAGGAUAAGCAAUAGCACUGGUCCAUUCCUGAAAGUACCGACCGCAAUAAUUACUUACAUUUUCAUAAUGGAAUAAGUUAAUGACAAUGGGCACACACAUCACCAAUAGCUCACUGGAAUCCUCCCAUAUAGAUUUGUUGUUGAGGGCACCGUUAAACACCCAUGGACAAGUACAAUAACGCUUUUCAGGGGUCACGUAAUCACAGUUUUCCAAACUCCCAUGUGGACCCAAGUCAUAUUUUGCACAUGUUUGGUUAGCUCUUAAUAAAUAUUGGAAAUAAAAAAUGGUAUUGUUGUUUUCUCUUGUUGUCUUUUC